AUCUCCAACUUGCUAUCACAUGUCCACAUAUUGCUGCGACACCUUUCGACAUCGUAUGCCGCCCGCGCUGUUGCUAGACACGACCACGAUAGCACACUCGCAAUGCGCGCAUCGAUAGUAGCCAGCUCACUGCUGGCCCUCACACAAGCUUUCUAUAUACCAGGUUUCUCGUACAAAAGCUACCGUGACGGCGACACGAUACCACUCCUCGUCAACAAAGUGUACUCUGACUAUAGCGAACUGCAGUAUGCAUUCACCGAACUUCCCUUCGUUUGCCCACCGACCGGUCGUUUACGCGCAGGACAUCUCACAAGCGGGACGAGCAUAACUCUCAAUCUGGGCGAGGUGUUGCGUGGUGACCGCAUCGUCGUUUCUGACUACGAGCUGGUCAUGGGUGUCGAUGAGGAAGUGCGAUACUUGUGCAGUCAGACGAUCGACCUUGAAGGCAUAAGGAGAGCAAACGAACUCAUACGGGACGGUUACGUUGCUGAGUGGAUCGUAGAUAAUCUACCCGGCGCCACGAGCUUUCAGACAACAGACAAGAGCAGGAAGUACUACGCAGCAGGAUUCAAGCUCGGGGACGAGACAAGGUUGGGACUGGGUGGACCUGCAGAGUAUCUGCUCAACAAUCACGUCACACUUGUCAUUCGGUACCACCGUGCGCCAGGAAAAGACGGCGAUAAGGGCAAGAAGGUCAUUGUUGGAUUCGAGGUGUUCCCAAGGAGCAUUACGGCAAAUGAUCGAGACGAGUCCGGUUUUCCAGCACAUAUUGAAGGCGAACAUGAGCCGCUCCUCCUUGUUCCUCAAGCCAAUAGCACGAACAGCACCGACACCGAAAACGAGCCUACGACUUUGACAAUACCCUACACAUACUCAGUCUACUGGCGUGAAGAUGACCGUCUGGAGUGGCAGAACCGCUGGGACAUGUACUUUGUAGCUCAAGACGACAGCGCAAACGUACAUUGGCUGGCCAUCGUCAACUCCUUGGUCAUCUGCGGCCUGCUGACCGCUGUUCUCUCAGUUGUCCUGACGCGCACGAUUCGCAGCGACAUCAGCGGUCAUCGGGACAUCGGUCUGGCUGGCAUCAAAUCCAAGUCCAGUCGCAAAACGUCGUCGCCAAAACGAGAGAAGAGCAACCUCCUUGGACCUGUAGCUGAUUUGGAUAUAGACAACAUGGUUUCGGACGAAGAAGAGAUCGAAGACACAGCGGGCUGGAAGCUCCUGCAUGGCGAUGUCUUCCGAGCACCAGCCUACGGCGGCCUCCUCGCUCCUCUCGUUGGUUCCGGAAUGCAGCUCCUCUACAUGGCUUUUGGUCUCAUUGUCCUCAGCACGUUGGGCGUCCUCAACCCAAGCUUCCGUGGCGGCUACAUCAGCGUGGGCGUCGGACUGUUCGUCUUUGCUGGUGUCUUCUCCGGAUACUUCUCAGCUCGCAUAUACAAGACAUUUGGAGGCCAGACGUGGCAGAAGAACGUCAUUAUCACUGCGUCCCUAGUUCCUGGUCUUCUAUUCGCGACGAUCUUCAUCCUCAACCUCUUUGUAUGGAUCCAGGCUUCAAGUACGGCACUACCUUUCGGUACACUCAUCGCACUUAUCAUGCUUUGGUUCUUCGUGCAGCUUCCGCUCGUCUACGUCGGUAGUUGGUUCGGUUUCGAGCGUAUGGGCGCAUACACGCACCCUAUCAGAGCAAAUAUUAUUCCUCGUCAAAUCCCAGAUCAGCGAUGGUACUUCAAGAGUGGACAGAAACUCCUUCUUGCCGGCCUUUUCCCGUUUAUGGUCAUCUUUGUCGAGCUCAUGUUCGUUGUCAAGAGCUUGUGGGUGGACAAGACGACAUACUACUACGCCUUCGGCUAUGCAGGAGUCGUCAGCGCCGUAUUGACAAUUACUGUUGUCGAAUUCACCAUCGCUGCCACAUACUUUUUGCUGUGCUCAGAAAACUACCACUGGUGGUGGCACUCCUUCGCAACCGGCGGCGCUUCUUCCAUCUGGGUGUAUGCCUAUCUGAUCUACUGCUACUUCACCAAGCUACACAUCAGCGGCUUCGUGUCGAGUAUGUUGUUCUUUGCCUACGGCUUCCUCGCCUGCGCUGUGUAUGGGCUGCUCACUGGCACCAUCGGCUUCCUGGCAGCUUACGCGUUCGUGGGGAGGAUAUAUGGAGCCAUCAAGGUCGACUGAAGUACGCAUAAUCGACCUGAACGUAUGGCAAUCAGAGCGUAGGACCUCAUCCAUACACAGCAUGAGUACUG